AUGUCAGAGAGGAAAGCCAUAAACAAAUACUAUCCACCGGACUAUGAUCCAGUAGAGGCUGAGCGUAUUGCCCGGUCUAUGAGCAAAAAACUCAAGAACGCCAAUAAAUCAGAAAGCACUAUCAGACUUAUGACACCGUUCAGCAUGCGGUGCACCAAGUGCGAUGAGUACAUAUCGAAGAGUCGGAAGUUCAACGGUAAGAAGAAGACGCUGGAUGAGAAGUACCUGGACUCCAUCAAGAUAUACAGGUUUACCAUACGAUGUCCACAGUGUGCUAAUCCGAUCUCCUUCAGGACCGACCCUAAGAGUGCGGACUACGUGAUGGAGUCCGGUGGUGUAAGGAAUUACGUAAAACGACAAGAGGAAGAGAAGAAGGCACAGGACGAGACCUUGGAAGAAACUUUAAAGCGGCUGGCCAAGGAAAAGGAAGAAGAAGAAGAAUUGAAACAGAACAAGGGCAAAUCAGAAGAUAAGUCUAAGGACAAAAUGGCAUUACUCGAAGAAAAACUAGCUAAGUUGCAACAACAACAGAAGGAUGUCAAGGAUCUAGAACAGAUGAUUCAAAAUAAUAAAGCAAAAUAUGAAACUUCGAACAUGCUAGGUAAGAUAAGCAAACCGAAAAAUAACGCAAAGCUAGAGCAACAAAAUCUAGAUGCAAUUGCGGAAUCUGCGUUUGCCAAAUUUAGGAGCCAUAAUUCGAUAAGUACGAAUGACGACAAAUCUGAAACGACAGCGGUCCAAAACACUGAUACAUUCUCACAAUUACAAUCACGAUCAAAUUUGCCAGAGUUGAAAAAUACAUCUAUGGAAGCAAAACAAAAGCCAACGAAGAUCAAACUCAAAGUGAAAAGGAAUACACUAGGGAUAGUCAAGAGACAACGAAAGUGA